AUCGCUGAGCGACGCCCAAGAACGGUUGGCGCCACUUUUUAGAUGUAAACAAUUUAUUAAUUAUUCAAUUGGAGCUGUUUGUGAUCAUGUAUUCGCCGCGCAAGACACUAACAGCGCCUGCAGCGCAGGACUUCGGCUUUCCCUACACGCCCUACGCCAUACAGGAGCAGCUGAUGCAGCAGCUCUUCCUGGUGCUGGAACGCAAGCAGAUUGGCAUCUUCGAGAGUCCCACGGGCACCGGCAAGUCGUUGACGCUCACCUGCGGCGCACUCACCUGGCUGCGCCAGCACGAGCAGCUGGUGCGCGCCGAGCUGCUGCAGCGGAUUGGCGAAGUCGAGGCCGAACUGUGCAGGCUGCAGGCGGCCAGUGCGCAGGCAGAGGAUUGGAUAACGGCGCAAAGCAAUACGCGAACGCAACGCGAGGAGCUGGCGCAGCUGCUGCGGCUGCGCGAGCUGCUGCAGCAGAAGGAGCAGCAGCUGGACCAGAUCAAGCAACGCCGGAAGCAGCAACAGCGUCCGGCGCGACGAGCAGGCGAGUUGCUGCUGCAGGCGGCGGCGGCGGCAUCAGCUGAGGACAUUGCCACCGAACCGGAGCUGAAUUCAGACGAAGACGAGGAGGAGGAAGAUGAGCACACAGAUCACGCGCUGGCAGAGCAGCCAACGGAGGAACGUUUUCGUGAUGUGCAAAUCUUCUACUGCAGCCGGACGCACUCGCAGCUGGCGCAGAUUGUGACCGAGCUGCGCAAGACGCCGCACGGCCAGCACGUACGCUGCAUUGCGCUCGGCUCCCGCCAGCAGCUGUGCGUCAAUGCGCAGGUGCGCCGUCUGCCCAACCUGGCGCUCGUCAACGAACGCUGCCUGGACAUGGCGCAGGCCAAGCCUAGCUCCCAUGCAAAUGCCAGCAAGAAGGCACCGCAGUCGCAGUCGCUUAGUCGUUGCGCCCACAAGGCGCCCGCGCAGCUGCAAAAGCUGAGCGAUGCGGCGCUCUCGGAGCCGCUCGACAUUGAGGAGCUGGCCGCGGCGGGCGCUGCCUGCGGCGCCUGUCCUUACUAUGCCACACGCGCCGCCCAGGCGCAGGCACAGCUGGUGCUGCUGCCCUAUUCGCUGCUGCUGCAGCGCAGUGCGCGCCAGCAGCUGGGCAUCGAUCUGCGCGGCGCCAUCAUCAUUGUGGACGAGGCGCACAAUCUGCUGGACACCAUUGCCCAGCUGCACAGCAGCGAGCUGAGCCUUGGCCAGCUGCAACUGGCCCGCCAGCAGCUGGCCGCCUACAAGGAGCGCUAUGCGCGUCGCCUGAGCAGCGCCAAUUUGUUGCGGCUAAAUCAGCUGCUGUUCGUGGUGCGCCGCCUGCUGCAGCUGCUCGAGUCGAGUGGCGAGCCGCGCCUGCUGCGCACCUAUCAGCUGAGCGCCGAGGGCGACUUCUACAACAUUGAUCUGCACGCCCUGCUGCAGUUCUGCUCGCGCACACGCUUGGCCCAGAAGCUGCACGCCUUUGGGCUGCGGCUGCAGCGUGAGCCACAGCCCAGCGAGAAUCGUCCGCCGCCCACGCAACAGCUGCUCCAGCGGCUGGCCGCACAGCAUCAGCAGUGCCUGGCGGGUGGCAAACGCAAGCAGUCAGCUGCCAAGGAGCCCGUGACGCCGCAGCCGCAGCCAAAGUCAACAGUGAUGCCCAGCUCAGCUGUGCCGUCGCCUUUGCGUCCAUUCCUGGCAUUUCUGGAGACACUCACCAGCAAUGCAGCCGAUGGUCGCGUGCUGCUCAAUCCCAAGACCUGCACUCUCAAGUAUUUGCUGCUCAAUCCCGCCGAGCAUUUUGCAGACAUCGUUUCAGAGGCGCGCGCUCUAAUCAUAGCCGGCGGCACGAUGCAGCCGACGCACGAGCUGACCGCCCAGCUGUUUGCCCACUGUUCCGAGCGUGUGGUCGAGCGUUUCUAUAGCCACGUUGUGCCAGCGGAUGCGGUCCAGCCAUUUGUCCUGCCCACAGGACCGACGGGCGCCAAGCUCUGCUUCAACUAUGCGCAACGCGCCAGCCCAGCCAUGCUGCAGGAGCUCAGCAUGGUGCUGCAGAAUCUUUGUGGCGUGCUGCCCGCGGGCGUGGUCUGCUUUUUGCCCUCGUACGACUACCUGGAUACGGUCUAUGGCCAUCUGGAGCAGAGCGGCGCCUUGCAACGGAUAGGCCAGCGUAAGCGCAUCUUUAGGGAAACAGCCGGCAGCGGAAGCGGAAGCGGAGGCGGGGGCGGCGUGGAGCAGCUGCUGCAGCAAUACGCCGAUGCCAUUGGACAGAACGCAGGCGGCGCCCUGUUGCUGAGCGUGGUGGGCGGCAAGCUGUCCGAGGGUCUCAACUUUGCCGACGAUCUGGGCCGUGGCGUGAUCGUGGUGGGAAUGCCAUAUCCGAAUCGCACGGCGCCCGAGCUCAAGGAGCGCAUGCGUCACUUGGACGAUACGCUGGGCAGCGGCGCCGGCAACGAGUACUAUGAGAAUCUCUGCAUGAAGGCCGUCAACCAGUGCAUCGGACGCUCAGUGCGUCACAUACACGACUACGCCUGCGUCUAUCUGCUGGACGAACGCUAUGCCAGUGCACGCAUCCAGCAGAAGCUGCCAGCUUGGAUUGCCCAGCACAUAACGGUGGCCAACGACGGCUUCGGAGCAGUUCAAGCGCGCACAGCGCGAUUUUUUAAGGCCAGAAGCUAAACAAUCAACGAUGGGAACUAUA